UUCAACCAUCUUUUUGGCAGCAAAAUCUGUGCAGAGAUUCAAAGUAUGACGAGGGAUCUAAUUAAGAGAGUUGUCAAUGGUGCAAGUGAUAUUUUCUGGGAAAUCCCAGUCCAAGUGGAGCUACAAAGGAAGAGCUCACCACCUGUAGAUGGCAGAGUUCCAAGACUUGUGAGCUAUGUAACUUACUACUGCAAUCAACUUCUUGGUUGUAAAUACAGGCCAGUCUUGACCCAGAUCUUGGAAAUACAUCAGGGCUGGAAACAAGAGAAAUAUCAAGGAGAACUUCUCAACAGUCAAGUGUAUUACACACUAAAAGAAAUUGCCCUCAAUUUGGAUUCAUGGUCAAAGGCCUAUCACAAUAUUGCCCUGUCUUAUCUUUUCAUGACUAAUAAUCACAGCCAUUUCUACAAUCUGAGAGUCACACAACUGGGGAAAAUGAUGGGAGAUUCUUGGAUAACAGCUCACGAGAAGUACAGGGACUAUUAUGCUGCACUCUACUUGAGCGAGAGCUGGGGAAAGCUUGCAGCCUUCCUAAACCAACAGGAAACAGAAGCAGCUGAUGUGGCCUCUGCAAGGGCAAGAAACAUUGAUGAGUCAGUGAAGAGGAGGCUGAAGGCAUUCAAUGAUGCUUUUGAUAAGAUGUAUGAGCAGCAGUCCAGUUGGGUCAUCUCCGAUGAGAUCCUGAGAUUGAAUAUGUGUCAACUUGUGGUGAAGACUCUUGUUCCUGCCUACAGGACAUAUCUGCAGGAUUGUGCAGUUCUGCUUGAAGAGGAUGCUGGUAAUGGCAAAUAUCUCAGAUACACUGACAAGCACAUAAUGACUAUGCUCUGCUCCCUGUUUCAGCCAAAGCUAAUGAAGCAGAGAAGCACCAAAUCCACGCAUUUUGUUGGUAAAAUAAAAGGUCUUGUAACCAAUCACUUUCAUUUGACACUUGCAGCUCCAUGAGAUUUGUACAAUGCAGUGUUCUCUUCACAUUCUUAAUCCAGGAAGAAAGGGCAAAUAGAAAACCCACCAAACUGACCAAUUUUCUUUGUUCCUCUUUAUUCUCCUUGUGAAUGCCUAAUGUAUUUACUUUUGGAUGACAACCUCCUUAACUUCUAUUUGAUUCAAGUAGUGGAAAAUACUCUCUUAUAAUGCUUUGAAGUGAAAAUGCUGUAUCAUGCCCUUAUCCAUCAUAUGCAAAAUCAAACUUUUGCUUAAAUUACAGUUUUACCUUAAAAUAAUACUUAUAGAAAAGGACUAAUAUCAAUUUCAUGCCUCUGUUGUUUGUAGUCUCUUCUGUGUAAUCAGAAAUGAUGUCAAUAUGAUAGUCCUUAACUCACUAGCAGAAGUUCAGCUGAAAAAGUAUUGGCAACACAAUUUAACUAUUCCUCUUUUUUUAUUACAAUGUUUGAACAUGAAUAAUAGACCAACCAUUAAGCUGAAACAAACUCAACAAGAAAGCAUUUCAUUGACCUCAAGCUCAAUAACGAGUGACAGAGUAUAAUACAAAUAUUAUCAUAACUGUCCCUUCUAUUUUACCUGCUUCAAUUGUCUUACCUUUUCAAACUCUGCAAGGGCAUAAUUCUUUUCCACUUCCCAAGCAAGUUGUGACAUACUAUUAAAUGAGGACUUUGCACUCUUUUCAUCUGUCACUUCCCGGGGAAAAGAAAUCCGGACAUCAAAAGUACCCUUAGGAGGAGAAUAAAUACGCAAGUCAAAGCCUAGCCGAUCAACCCAUAUCAUCUUUGCUUCUGAUACCUGCCAUGUAAAUGAAAUCCAAUGGAAAGCAUAAGGUGAACAGAUUUAGAAUUCCAGCUUAGCUUGGCAAAUACUCAAUAGCACAAGUAACAUGAGUGUAUUACUUCUGCUAUGCAACAUCGCAUUUCAGGUUUUUUUUUUUGAAAUGACAUUUCAGGUAAAAGUUAACCUCUUAUCAUGAUUGUCAAGAAUAACGUCAUUGUUUUCUUCUACAAGUACAAGAAUUUAGCAUUUUUAGAACCAAUUAAUUCCAAAUUUAGGAAGGCAGCCAAUCGCUUAUCAUGAUUGUGGACUAAUGUACUUAAGAUGUUUGAGUGUUAUUGGAUUUUGCCACCAACUGUUGAAUGAUUCCUCUGUAUGUUUAUUGAAGGGGAUGGAAUCAAAAAAGCAGCUUGGAAAUGGAUUAUCUUUGCAUGUCUUCGGAGCAUUUGGCUGGCGCAUAAUUUGAUCAUUUUUAACAAAAGAAAUCGCUUGUAUUACGAGCUGUGGGAGAGAUCAACUUUCUUGGCCACCUUAUGGGCUAAAGGGCACACUCAUUUUCCUAACAUCUCUAUUACUGACCUCCACCAUCAAUGGGAUAUUUUCAUACCUGAUAUGUAGCCUUUCUGCUGAAGUCUAUUAAGGCUAUUAUUAACUGUUGAUUUGCAGCCAAGCAAGACUGGAGUUUUUUGGCAUUAUGUUUAGAUUGAGGGAUAAGGAGAAAAAGGAAAGGAAAGGAUAUGAUGCUCACCAUCCUUUCCCUCAUUUUGAUAGAAAGAGAACUUUUUUUUUUGUGAGAUAAAAGUGUGAUAUGCAUUGAUUAGAGCGCUAAGGGAGUACCAGCCAUGGACAAAAGAAAAAAUUUAUAGAUCAAUCAAUAUAUCUACAAUGGAACCAAGAUCCUCCAAAGUUGUGACCUAAGAUAAUAGAAAGAUAACUAUUAAUAGGGAAAAAGGAGAACGCAAAUUAUUUAAAACUUUUGAGGAGAGAUUCUAUUUUAUCCUUAUUACUUAACUUGUUAUUCUAUGAAUAAAGGAUAUGAUUAUUUCCUUAGAACAAAUAAUUUCCUUUUCUUUAUAAAGUUAAAUCAGAUAAUAAGUUGCAAAAUC